AUGCAGCACCCUCUAACCCUAACCCUAACGCCUGGUAAAACUGCAGGAGGCGUGGAUCACUGUAAAAACUAUGUGAGUCCAUGUUCAGACCUGACUCAGGCGUCACUCUGGAACAGAAGCUGCCUCCCCAUGGCGUACUCCACUGGAACCAUCGCCAAGGGCUGUUUCGGCAAAAUCUACAAGGAGAAGUACAAUGACAAGUGGGCCGCGAUCAAGAGGGUCCCAAUGGGUCUCAUCAACAGGAAGGACCUGGAGAGGGAGUGUGCCGUCUAUAAAAAAGCGGAGCACCCCAACAUUGUGAAACUCUUGGGCCCUGUCACCCUCAAAAGUGGAAAAUAUGUCAUUCCACUGGAGUUCAUUGACGGGGAGGAUUUGGAGACAACUAUUUUCAAAGUGUCAAAGUCCAAAGUGCCGUCGACCAGCUCUGCAAAAACCACCAUCAUUGUGGGAAUGUGUGAAGGCCUCUUCCAUCUGCAUCUGCGAGACAUUGUCCACCAAGACCUGAAGCCAGACAACAUCAUGGUGGAACACGGCACAAACAGAGCCGUCAUCAUCGACCUGGGGCUGGCCAAGUUCUUCAAAAAUGGUCUGAACUCUGCGAUGGACAUGGGCAACGAAGCGUACUCUGCCCCGGAGGUCCUAAGGAUCGGCAGCCAGCGGGAUCAGCGCUCGGAUGUCUGGGCCAUGGGAAAGAUCAUCGCUGAACUGUGCGCCCGCGUCCGCCUGGUCACCACCAGCGUGAACCCAGAGAAGAUCAAAGAGAUUCUGAAGGACAGCCCCUACUGCAGCGCCGUGUGCCGCAUGGUGCAGCCCGACCCUUCACUGCGCGCCACCAUGGCCGGGGUCAUCAGUGCUAUAAGAGUUGCAGACGUGGAUAAAAGCAAAGCAGGUGGAGCAGGAAUGCAUCGCCUCGCACCACCCGCAAACAUCAACCGUUCUCCAAACCGCUCCCCGUCCCCCAUGAACCGAGCCGGCUCCCCGCACAUCACAGCCCACUCUCCCUACAGGGACAGACACCCCUCUCCCUCGCCUCUCCCUCCGCCUGCUUUAAGAAAUCCAAUCAACCGCUCUCCAUCCCCUCUGCACUGGGAGCGCUCCCCCAGGCCUCAGCUCAGAGGCCUCCGCGCCUCCCCCUCACCUCCUCGGCCAAACCAGCACCACCUCCCUGUGGUCAAGGCAGACGCACAGCUCGCUCCAGACCUGAUGAAGAUGAAGCUGUACGACGAGGCGAUGAAGGACAUGCCCUGUAACUUACCCGCGCAUGGACGAGUGGUGGUGCGCAGGUUUGAGGAGAAGGACGGCGAGGUGGAGAUGUGGCAACAGAAAGAGCUGGUGAUGCGCGACGGCCGCAUCGUCAAAUUCAACGACGUCAAGAUGAACAGUAAUUAA